CAGACGCCGCCAAGCUCGGUUUUUUGUUUGAGGUGACGGGAAGGGAGGAUAUAGCGAGAGGAGUAAGGAAAGAAGGUCCGGGGUGGACGGCGGCAGUGCGCACACGCACAGAAGGCGGAUAUUUCCCGGGAAACGCACCCCGACGGCCGAGGCCACGAGAGCUGCCACUGCAACCUCGCGCGCCUUCUCGCGGCAGUGUGCGCGGAAUACCGCGUGCGAGGUGGCGGAGAUUCCACAGCAGCCACAGGCGCUGGGUGCUGACGGGCUGGGUAGUGGGUGACGGGGCGCGGGAUCUCCUCCCGUGCAGUUUGUGGACGAGCUGCGGCCACCGAUAAUGCUGCGCUCCCGCGGCCUGGCCAUGCCCGCCCUCGUCCUUCACUCCCCGUGACUGCAUCUGCCGCCACCGCUGCCAGCCUCCGCACCUCUCGCAUGAGCCACCGUGCUGCACCCCCAGCUGUCUCACAGGCGCUGCGCUGACGGAACUGGAGCUCCCGCCCCUACACCCGGCCCAGAGACGAUUCAACUGGGUGGUGGCGUUUCUGCUCCCUUGAGCCAGUUCAUUUAGUUUGAAGUAUCUGGUAACAUGGCAAAAGAUGCUGGAUUAAUUGAAGCAAAUGGAGAGCUCAAAGUUUUUGUAGAUCAAAAUCUCAGUCCAGGAAAAGGUGUAGUGUCAUUGUUGGCUGUUCAUUCAUCAUCUUCUGUUGGAAAACAGUUACUACCCAAAACAUUUGGACAGUCCAAUGUCAAUAUAUCUCAACAAGUGGUCAUUGGAACACCACAGAGACAGUCUGCACCAAACACAAUUUUACUAGGAAGUCCACAUACUCCAAACACGCACUUUGUAUCACAGAACCAGACGACCGACUCCUCUCCAUGGUCUGCAGGGAAAAGAAAUAAAAAAGGAGAGAAAAAUGGAAAGGGCUUGCGCCACUUCUCCAUGAAGGUUUGUGAAAAAGUACAGAAGAAGGGCACAACGUCUUAUAAUGAGGUGGCGGAUGAGUUGGUAGCAGAAUUUAGCUCCACUGAUAACCACAUAUCGCCAAAUGAAUCGCAAGCAUAUGAUCAGAAGAAUAUAAGACGCCGUGUCUAUGAUGCCUUAAAUGUGCUUAUGGCAAUGAACAUUAUUUCUAAAGAGAAAAAGGAAAUAAAAUGGAUUGGUCUACCAACAAACUCUGCUCAGGAAUGUCAGAAUUUAGAGGUUGAAAGACAAAGACGACUUGAAAGAAUAAAGCAAAAACAGUCUCAGUUGCAGGAACUUAUACUACAGCAAAUUGCCUUCAAAAAACUGGUUCAAAGAAAUCGUCAAGCAGAGCAGCAAGCAAACAAAUCUCCUCCAUCUAAUUCCGUAAUACAUUUACCAUUCAUCAUUGUGAAUACCAGCAAGAAGACUGUGAUUGAUUGUAGUAUUUCUAAUGACAAAUUUGAAUAUCUCUUUAAUUUUGACAACACAUUUGAAAUACAUGAUGAUAUAGAGGUACUGAAACGAAUGGGUAUGGCUUUUGGGUUGGAAACUGGUAGCUGUUCUGCAGAAGACCUAAAAAUUGCUCGGAGCUUGGUACCAAAAGCACUGGAACCAUAUGUAACAGAAAUGGCUCAGGGAUCAAUCAGCAGCGUGUAUGUCUCGUCUACAUCAGUUUCAGUGUCAAAUGGACGUAGAUUUUCAACCAGUGACUUGACCGCAGAUGGAAUGUUGGCAACUAGUUCCAAUGGAUCACAGUACAGCAGCUCUAGGGUGGAGACGCCUGUGUCUUACGUUGGAGAGGAAGAUGACGAUGAUGAUGAUGACUUCAAUGAAAAUGAUGAUGAUGACUGAUGUACUGAAAUAUUCAGAAAAAAAGCUUCAGGAACUUUUGUGUGGUGUUCUGUUUCCUUAUUCCUUUUUGUUUUGUUCAUAUUUAACAUCACUGCUGAAGAAACAUUGGGAAGGCAAUUAGGGUAUUCCUAUAUAUAUAUUUUUUUACUUUUAAUUUUUUUUUAUUUUUGUUUUUUGCUGCGGAUGUUUUGAAUAGCCUUAUUCAAUGGGUCCCUUUUUAAACAUUUUUUUUUUUUUUUUGGCAUUUGAGAAUUUUGCAUCAGUUUUGUAUUAUUCACGUUAAUAAAAAAUAAAAUGUUAUGCUUGCGUAUAAAAAGCAGAACUUUGUUUACCGAAAUGGCAGUUAUUUGAGUGCUUCAAUAAUGUGGGGUAAAGGUAUGAUUUUGUGAAAUCAUGCAAAGUCCAAAGAUUUUUUUUUUUCCUUCUCCCAAAAGCAUCCAGUUCAGAAAGUGGAGUAGCAGCCAGUUUUUAUGCUUUCUAUUGUAUAUGUUGAAAAAUGUAAUACAGGCAAGUUUUUCUGCAAUGCCAGUGCAGCUAUGUGAAAUGUCUUGAAGGUUGCUAUAUACAGUAUAUAAAUAUUGCUUAUAGUAUAAUUUGCCUGAAUUCUUCCAGGCAAAAUUUGAUUAUUUUUUUUUUUAUAUAGUUUACAUAAUUAUCAUUUAAAAAAAAAAGUGUCCUGAAGCAAGUUUUUGUAUUUGUUUCCUAAACAACGCUUUGUAAUCUAUUAUAAUAUUGAAAUUAUAGAGUUUUAACAGGUUUUUUUUUUUUUUGUUGUCUUGUUUUUUCCAUGUUUUGUGAAAUAAUUUUUAGCAAUUUAUUAUCUAUGAUAAAUUUUAAAGCAAUCUGUAGUUGUUUCUGAUAAAAAAUUCACAAUACUUACCUGCACAUAUUCGGUCAGCUGCCUGCUGAAAUUCAAUAUUCUUCUUAUUGGAGCAUACAUAUUUGUGUAAUUUUAUUAACUAUAGAGAGACUUAUAAAUUGUUUAACUUGGCACUGUUAGUUUUAUUAAUAAAAAAAAACCAUGCA